AUGGGCACAGGAGACUUAGUGAAAGCAACUGGUCAAAUGGUAGAGCAUGGGUACUAUCUGGUUUUUGGCAAUUUUAUGGUAGAGAUAUUUGAUGACAGCUCCAUGGAAAAUCUGGUGGCAAAAGUUUCCAUGACAGGAAACAGAUGUUUUCCACUCUCACUAAAAUAUGCAAACUCUGUGGCUAUGAAAGCAAUAGUUGAAGAAUCCACUUGGUGUUGGUACAAGAGGAGCUGGUCUAUGGAUUGCCUGAAAUUGGCAAUGCAUACAGAAUUUUCCAAGACUGUGAAAUUGGAAAAAUCACACAAGGAGGCCUUUGGUAAAGAGAAUACUUUGAGAGCUAGUGUACCUCUAGAAUUGUUUAAGUCAAAAGUGUUUAACAUUUUCAAGAAAUUUAAGGCUAUGGUGGAAUUACGAAGUGGCUACAAAAUCAAGAAACUGAAAAGUGACAGAGAAAUUGGCUUGGAAGGCCAACUAAUUGUGGCCUACUCACCUCAGCAAAACGGAGUUGCUGAGAGAAAGAACAUGACCAUUGUAGAGAUGAGCAAGACAAUGAUGAAAAAGAACAAACUACCAUACAAAUUCUGGGGAGAGGCAGUGAAUACAGCUAUCUAUAUUCAGAAUAGAUGCCCCACAAAAGCUUUAGACAAUAUCACUCCUUUUGAAGCUUUUAGUGGAAGAAAGCCUGGAGUUAAACACUUGAGAGUGUUUGGCUCUAUCUAUUUCUGUCAUGUGCCCAGUAAAUUGAGGUCUAAGUUGGAGGAUGCAGCUAUCAACAAGAUCACUACAUCCAAAAGUGUGACCUUUGAUGAGAAUUCAUUAUGGGAUUGGGACAAGCAAACUGCUGAUUCUAUCUCAAUUCCAAUGAGGUUUGAAGACACUUCUAGAAGCUCUGAAGAGGAAUCUGAUGAAACAAUGAUUGACAGCACCUCUAGACCAAUUGAGGUGCUUACAUAUGGUGCUAAUGUUGAUUCACCAGGUGACUCACCAAGUUCUACACCUGUGAAGCUUAGAGACAUCACUGAAAUCUAUGCUAGAUGCAAUAUGAGCAUCAUUGAGCCAGAGAAUUUUGCAGAAGCUUCAGAGGAUAAGGCUUGGCAAAAGGCAAUGGAGAUAGAAAUGGAGAUGAUUGAGAAGAAUGAGAUUUGGGAACUAGUUGAUAGACCAAGUGAUAAACCUGUGAUCAGUGUUAAAUGGGUUUAUAAAACCAAAUUGAACCUUGAUGGCUCAAUACAAAAGCAUAAAGCUAGGCUGGUGGUCAAAGGCUAUGCACAAAAGCCUGAAAUUGACUUCAAUGAGACUUUUGCUCCUGUGGCCAGACUUGACCCAAUUAGGACUCUCAUAGCUUUCGCAACUCAAAAGGGGUGGAAACUAUAA